UCGGUAACCUAGCUAAACACGGCUAACGUAAGCUAACUUUGCCAGGAAAUGACCAGCGGAUCGACACGAGCAAAUGUUUUUACAGCGCACAUGACACCAGAGGGCGUUGUAAAGGGAGGAACCUUCAUUUCCAUGUUGCAUUAGCUGCUUGAGGAUGCACGCAAGGACAAGAGAGAAGUGGGAGAGCGCAGUGUGAGAGCCAGUCAUCCCAGAGCUGUGGAUGUGAGAGGGUUGGAUGUUUGUAUGGAUGCACUUACAUGCAUGCUGGUUUAGGAUCCUGGCCUGAUGGAAAAGAGAGACAGGAAGCCGGGAUAUUUUGCCAGGCUGAAAAGGCGCAGACAGCUCAAGCAGAGCCAAUCGGAGAAGGCUGUGAAUGAGCAGAACCCGGCAAUUAUCUUCUGUCCAGACUUCCCGAAAGACAAUGAUCCAAAGAAGACAGACCUGCAGAGAGUAACGGCAAAGUCGCCUGCAGGUUUAAAUGAUGGCUGUAAAAGUAACAAUCAGGCAAAGAUGGAGAAGAAGAGGCCGCCAGGGACGGAGGAGUUCAUCGUUGGACCCGAUGAUUCCCUCAACAGCAUCGCGCUCAAGUUCAACGUCACCCCGAACAAGCUGGUUCAGCUGAACAAGCUGUUCUCUCGCAGCGUCUACCCCGGUCAGAAGCUUUUUGUUCCCGAUGUGAGCCUAUCAGAAACGGACCUGAAGUCUCCGAGCUCCUCAGAUCCCGCCUUCACUAAUGGCUUGUCUGACAAGUCAGCGCAUGAUGGCGUUCCAAACUUCAGGUCAGCCAUCCGACGCGAGCUGUCGCCAAACUCCGAGGACGAGAGCCCGGCAACGGUUAAAUUCAUCAAGAUGAGCUGCAAAUUCUUCACUGAUGGCAUGGGGGUGGUCGGAGGCGUGUUAAUCGUCACCCCCAACAACAUCAUGUUUGACCCCCACAAGUCGGACCCCCUGGUGAUCGAACACGGCUGUGAGGAGUACGGCCUCAUCUGCCCCAUGGAGGAGGUCGUCUCCGUGGCGCUGUACGACGACGUGUCACGCAUGAAGCUCAAAGACGCCCUGCCAUCAGACCUACCCCAGGAUCUGUGUCCUGUCUACAGGCCCGGCGAGUGGGAGCAGCUACCGUCAGAGCGGGAGUUAAACCCUUUCAGCCGCUACGAAGCUCUGGAUCCCAAACGGCCGAUAGUUUUGGAUGACAUCGAAUCAACCCUUUCUGAAACUGUGAGUACGGAGGGCGAUCCCUCAGAGAAGUCUCCGUCAGAUGAAGGAUUCACCGAGCUGGAGCCGACCGUCAACGGCAGCACAGAGGAGGCAGAAGGGUCGACCUCUAAAACACCCAGCACCGCCAGCAGGGACCAACACGACCUCCUCGGGCCGAGCUGUCCAGGCCGGGGAGACUUUCAGGACAAGUUGAUGCUGAGCAAACCUGGGGGGAAGCUGGACGAUGAGGAGGAUGAAGGUGUAGCUCAGAACAGCUCCAUCGAGGACGGAGAGUCGAUACAAUCUUCUUUAGAGACUGAAAAACAGGGUAACUUACAGGAUAAACCUGGAGGCCAAGAGGCAACCAAGACCAAAGAUAUCCAAUCUAAAGGAAGCGAUGAGCUGCUAAAUAGCGUAGAUGAUAAAAUAGUUAGUACGCCAGAGGACCAAAACAGGAAGUGGAGUCUGAAGGAGGCUGCAGAGGUUCAAGGGAAGUGUAGUCCGAAGGGAGAAAGCCCAGACAGACCGAUGGAGGAGGAAGAACUCAGCGAGGAGGAGAGACAGAAGAAGAACUACGAGGCAGAGAUGAAGUCCUGGCUGCUGGAGAGGAUGCAGGCUCCAAUAGAAGACAUGCUGUUUUCAUCAGAGGAGAAGAGCAAAAACCCGCCCAUGUUCCUCUGCUUCAAAGUUGGAAAGCCAAUGAGGAAGUCCUUUGCCACCGGCAUGACCUCCAGUCCUGCCCACUUGUUUGGGGGCCGAGGGAAGCAGCCGGAGUAUUGGUUUGCCGUACCACAAGAAAGGGUGAACGAUCUGUAUGCAUUUUUUGUCCAAUGGUCUCCUGACGUCUACGGGAAGGAGGCUCGAGAGCAGGGCUUUGUAGUGGUGGAGAAGGACGAGCUGGACAUGAUCGAUAACUUCUUCAGCGACCCUGCAUCCUGCAGCUGGGAGAUCAUCACCAUCGACGAGGCAAAACGUCGGCAGAGUUUCGGCAGCUGUGAUGGAGACUUGUCUGUGGACGCUCUGCCCAUGCUGAGUGACACCAGUGAUCUGCUGCAGGACACUCACAUCGAGAAGCUCGCCUGCCGCCUGCCAGCCCGUGUUCAGGGCUACCCCUGGAGAUUAGCCUACAGCACCGUCAAACAUGGAACCAGUCUGAAGACUCUGUACAGGAGCCUGGCUGAUGUGGACAGUCCUGUGCUGCUGGUCAUCAAAGACAUGGACAGCCAGGUAUUCGGAGCGUUUUCGACUCAUCCCUUCAGAGUGAGUGAACACUGCUACGGCACCGGAGAGACGUUCCUCUACAGCUUCUGCCCUGAAAUCAAGGUGUACCGCUGGACCGGAGAGAAUUCUUACUUUGUGAAAGGCAACACUGACUCUCUGCAGAUGGGAGGAGGAGGAGGUCAGCUGGGUCUGUGGCUGGACGCUGAGCUGUACCGAGGCACCACCACCAAAUGCGCCACCUUCAACAACCAGCCGCUCUCCUCGCAGCAGGACUUCAGCGUCCACAGUGUGGAGGUCUGGACCUUCGAGUAGCCUGGUCUUCACGUUCCCUUAACCCUAAACCACCCCCAAGUCUAUUAUGCACCACUUGGAGGCCAGCUACCCACAACGACACUGAAACGUUCUGUGACACGGAAGCAGCUUGUGGAUUUCCUUCAUGUUUACGUAGCCGAGACGUGAGGAUCCGGCGGCCGAUUUGAGGUGGCUUUGGGAAGAUUAACCGCCCAAAGAUGGAAAAAAAAAACGUGUUUCCUCUACGUUCAUUGGCUGCCUUAGACAUCAGACAACAGCUUCCCCAGCAUGCAGACUGCCUGACCACCACGAAGAGGAAGAAGAAGGCUGCUUUCAUAAACCCACAGAGCUGAAAACGAAGUCUGUAUGGGAGAAUAAGGAUGAGAAGAUAACAGUUGAUGUAAUUUGUAUGUUUUGGGAAUGUACAGAUUUAUGAACUGAAGAAGUUUUGAAUGAUUCUGUUUGUUUGUUUUUUUUCUACGUCUCAAAGAAAGUGGAAAUGGCCAGAGAUGGUUUUAGAGUCUCCACCGUCAAAUUAAACUUUCAACGUAGGCAGUUGUUUACAACGGAGGUCUUCACUUCCCCCUGAAGCACUUCCCCCUCCCCCAAAGCUGUGUUGUUCUCUUAUUCUGAGUUUUAGAUGAAGUGAAUGAGUCACAUUUUCUCACCGCCACACGUCUACAUUUUCAUUCCCAGUAAGAUCCAAAAAACCAGGAAACGUUUCCAGUGACCAAAUAUGUUCCUCUUGAUUUCACGUCUGUCCUAAACUACUCAUGUUUCCCUGAAGUAUUUUUAGAUUUUUAUUUUUGCAGUUUAUUUUUACAAGUAUUUUUUUUACGAUUGUUUUUUUUUUAUGGGAAUGUUAAAUGCUAAGUAUUUCAGUUGGCUCUUGUCAGUGUUGAAUCCAUAUUCCAAACAUUUUAUCUUACUUUUUUUUAAAAAAUUGUGGUCGUUGUUUAAGACUUACAGCCAGUAGACGUUUAACAUGAUGUCACUUUGCACUACAGAAUCAAUCGACUGUCCAAACUGUGUCGGGGCACUUUGUAAUGAAGCAUUUAUUCGAUGUAAAACUGAAUGUUGUUGAAGCGCAGGUCGACCUCUAUUUAAACACGGAUGGGAAAGGGAUCAUCUGUUUUUGCACUCUGAAAUGCCACUAACUACACAUUCAGAUCUACUAACACGAAAAGCAAGUGUUUGUGCGUGUCGCCUGCAGGCUCGUAGUGCAUGGACGUGCCGCACUGCAAACGUCUGACACUACUGUUAAAGAUACCUGCCAUACUGCCACUAAUGCCAGUCAUCGCUUCAUGUGAAGAUGAGCUUCGUCGUCUCCAGCUGUUGCAACUGUGAAUGCUCCCCAAGUAUUAUUUCUUGUGAAUCCAAAACUGCUGUGUUCUGUGAUGUCACCAAGAAUCUAUUUAUUGUAUUGUUAUGGCAUUUAAAACCUAAAUAAAUGUUAAAUAUAUAUACAUAUA